GGCGUCCUGACGCGCGAACAUGAGCUCUGGUGACGAUGACAUGAACGUACCCCGAUCGAUCGUGAAGACCAGUCAGACUUUAAGCGGCGGAGAUAUUUUUGGAUCAAUCUUCAUUUCAUUCCGUCGAAAAGGCGACUCCGAACAGUUUCAGCCUAUUCAUGUCGAACGACACAACAACAACAAGCAGCAGCACGUGUGCACCUGACGACGACUUGUGCACGGUGGCGACAUAUCGACUCGAUGUGAUCGUGGUCCCGACGGUGCUCCUGCUGAUCACAGCGGUCACCCUCACCGUCAUGUUCGUUUUGGCCUACUGUCACCGCGAGCGCGCCUCCGCUCUGCCGCGCUACAGCAGCUCGCUGCACAGGCGAACACGGCACUUGCAAGGCAUCGAUGCACCCCUUGGCAUCGACCCACUGGAGCACGAGGAGGUGCCCAUGGCCGUACACAAGAGGGCGGGCGGCGCGGCAAAUGGGCGGGCCACCACCGGGGGGCGUCUUGGAACUUUCGGGCAAGUGGUCGAACUGUCCCAGACCCUACCCGUCUCCAGCGAUGAGAGCGUCCGAUUAUACAAGGCACGAAUGGACAACAAGGACGUGGUGCUUCGGGUGCUCAAAGAUUCGGCCAGCGGCGAGGAGCGGCGGCGCUUCUUGAGUUUCGCCUCGUUCGUGUCGGGCUUGGGGCCGCACCCGUUCCUGCCGGUCGUGGGGACCGUGGUGACUGGGCCGGUGAACGCGCCCUCACCGGCGCCGCCCACCCUCAUGGUGGUGGAGGAAAUGCGGCAUCGAGACUUGCUGGGCUUCCUGUGGAGAUGCAGGCAACCGGAGGCAUCGGCUUGCAACAUGACAGAGAAGAGGCUCUUCACCAUGGCAACACAAGUGGCCAUGGCGCUGGAGUACCUGCACAGUCGGCGGUGCGUGCACGGCAACGUGUGCGCGCGCAGCAUCCUGGUGGGUGGUGACCUGACAGCCAAGCUGUGGGGUCUGGGCGCCGCCCACCGCCGCCAAACAUCGAGCGGGGCCGUCGACGCCACCGAGUUGAAGAAGUGGCAGGCGCCCGAGGUGCUGGCCCGCAGAGACUUCAGCCCCAGCGCCGACGUGUGGUCCUUCGGGCUCCUGCUCUAUGAGAUGAUCACGUUAGGUGAGCCGCCAUUUGCGCAGGUGCGAACGGAGGACCUCCUGCAGCACCUCCAGAGAGGGAAUGACCUACAACGUCCGCCCGCCUGCUCAAGCGCGCUGUUCGCCGUCAUGUUGUCGUGUUGCCAGCGGAGCCCGAGUCGGCGCCUUACCGUGGCCGGGCUACUCGAGAAGCUGCGUGUGGGAGAGAGUACGGCCAACGGACGGACGCACAUCCGGUCCGCCGUACCGCUGGACGUGGAGAACUACCUGCGCCAAGCGGGCUAUGCCGAGGCCUACAACUUUGCUGUGCUCUGAUUGCGCCGCACGCGUGCACGCUUUGCUGCUAAAUGGACACGGACCGAUGAUGCUACAGUACAAAUGUAUUUGGCCACUGCACAUACAACAGCCAAAUACUAGAUUAUAUGAGAGCUUUUCAAUAUGAUGUUUUAGGAUUGCAGUUGCUGUUGUUUUUUUGGGCCUGUGACAGCAUUUGACUCAUGUGAGAGCGUUUCAGGUGUGCAUGUGAGUGAAUCAUAUUUGAUAGUGACGUGUGUGAGAGAGUAACGUGAGAGAGCGUUUGACAAAAAAAUAAAAUAAAAAUCCAGGACGUUUAAAUUGAAACAUACA